AUGGAGAAAUUAACACAAUUCGUGUCUAAGUCUUUCGAAAAUAACAACACGACGGUGAGUGAGCAGUGUCUCAACCUGAGUUCAAACAUCAAGACUUCGCCAACUAUUAAAAUGGAAGAGGAGUUCCAAACCACUUCGCAGGAUGACACGAAAAGGCCCAAAAACUGGCUCAUCUCCGAUUUGCAAAAAAAUAACACUCAGUCCUUCGGCAUCGACUUGAGACUCAACAAUACGCAGAUUUUCUACAACUCCACUGAAACUUCCAGCGAACCAGCCGUCGUUAAUCAGACUUUGGGUGCUAAGUGGUUUGAAAACUCCGACGUUAAAACUCCUUCACCGAAAAAUAGUUAUUGUUCUUCCUCAUCACCGAUUGAUCUUGAGGACUCUAAAUCGUGUCCGGAAACUGUCGCGAGUGAAAAAAAUGAAGACGAAAAACAGGAAGUGGAUAAAAGUGUGCACGCCGACGAUAGGAAAUUAUUUAUCCUUGGCGAGGACCAGGAGAAAGUCAGCGAGGAGAGCUUGGGCAAAACCCGACAUUCAGUUCUGAGCAGUUCCGGUAAAGCGACAACAAAACAAAGAAGAUCUCGUACAAAUUUUACUUUAGAACAACUCAAUGAGCUGGAAAGAUUAUUUGAUGAAACCCAUUAUCCUGAUGCAUUCAUGAGAGAAGAACUUAGUCAACGGUUGGGKUUGAGUGAAGCUCGUGUCCAGGUAUGGUUCCAAAAUAGAAGAGCCAAAUGCAGGAAGCACGAAAGCCAAAUUCAAAAAGGAAUGAUGAUGAACAAUCACAGUCCGUCUUCGAGCACCCCUUUGGAGCCUUGCCGCGUGGUCCCCUACAUGAACGUGCCUGCUCUGCGGGGCCUAACUUUGACUCCGGGAUCAGUGGCUUUAUCAAAUUACGACCGUUUGUCCUCUGCCACAUUUUCGCAACCCGGAACAGCAUUUUCAGCUUUUGAUCCGGCGUUUAUCACGGCCGCUCAUCAGUACGCCGCUGCCGCUGUGGCUGUGGGCGGUGGUCCUGCAAGCAUCCUUUGCCACCCCCAAUAUCCGUUGGGGUUUGCUGCCUUGGCGGCGGCUCAUAAGAACUCGAGCAUCGCUGAUUUAAGAUUAAAAGCAAGGAAACAUGCCGAAGCUUUGGGAUUAACAACGGAAAAGUCGACAUAA